AUGAAGUCUCAAAGGUCUACCCUUCUCCGCAGCCCGCAGUCGCAGUCAUCAACGACGAUGAGAUGGGAGCUGAGUCUACCGUUGACGCCGGAUGAAGCGACCGUUGGCCGGAACCUGUUCGAGAUACUUGUAGCCAACUACGGUAACUGGAAUGCUGUCAAAGCUGUCAGAUGCCGGCGCUUCUCAAUCGCCGAUGAUUUGGGAGGGGUGAAGAUCCCUAUUGCGAGAGAAACGCGGAGUCAUCGCUGGCGAAGUGUGGUGACGAAUCGCAUAGCGAUGGGCGAGAAGCUCUGGCUGGUGAAGUGUGCCCUCCAAAGAUGCCACACUCCGUCGGCACUCCUGAACCCGAACCUGUCAGAGUCGGUGGGGAACCACGAGGAUCCAGGCAAGGAGUUAUGGCCGGUGAAAAAGGCCAAGAUUGCGACCCGCGAAGUGUGGUCUACCCUCCUUCACGGAACGUACAUCGCCGCAACCGUCGGCAAGAACAAACCUGAAGCUGAAGCAGCGGAAGGCCUGAUGAUGACGUUUCUUAGCCUAAAACUAUUUGAAGAACAAUAUAGAGAAAAGCCAAGAUUGGGGCCGGAGAAGUGUGAUGAUGAGACUAUCCUAAGCUUGAGAUCGCCGUUGGCUUUAACCGGACGUCGGCCGACCUAG